AAAAUAAGGGGGUCUAUGCGUAAUUUACUCUAUCUAUAGUAGAUAUCGCGAACCCUAAAAGCCCUAACUCAACCACCCUAUAAAUUCUCAGCGUUCCCACAAAACAAAACCCUAUCUCGCGCCGAUCGUCGGGGAGAGAGAGAGAGAGAGAGAAAUCGUUGAAAAUGGUGAAGUUCUUGAAGACGAACAAGGCGGUGAUCUUAACACAAGGCCGCUUCGCGGGGCGCAAGGCGGUUAUCGUCCGUUCCUUCGACGACGGCACCCGCGACCGCCCCUACGGGCACUGCCUGGUCGCCGGCGUGGCCAAGUACCCGAAGAAGGUCAUCAGAAAAGACUCGGCCAAGAAGACGGCCAAGAAGUCCCGCGUCAAGGCCUUCGUCAAGCUCGUCAACUACAACCACAUCAUGCCCACUCGCUACACCCUCGACGUCGAUCUGAAAGAUGUUGUUUCCGUGGAUUCGCUUCAGUCGAGGGAUAAGAAGGUGACAGCGGCCAAGGAGAUCAAGGCCCGGUUCGAGGAGCGGUUCAAGACUGGGAAGAACCGGUGGUUCUUUUCCAAGCUCCGGUUCUGAUUGGGCUUUUAGUUGGUUUCUGGGUCUGAUCCUAGUUCAUGUUUUAUGUCAACUCUGGUGAGGGAAACCUAGUGUUUUUCGUGAUAUUUUGGCAAAUUGACUUGAAUUUUGAAGUUAUGGUAAGAUUUUAAUUUUGGACCUCGUUAUAUUCGUUAUAUUCACAUGGAUGAAUCUGUUCCGGCUCU